AUGGCUGAUGCACAAUUAGCAUUGUCUUGUGUUUAUGAUGAUUCAGCAUCUAUGAAGUCCUUACUAGAUAGUCCCUUCAGUCCAAACAUGGCAAUCAGCCAAAGUUCAGUAGAACGUUGUGUGAACAAGACAACUUCUUUUCUGUGGCAACGCAUUGUGAGUCAUUUUAACCUUGAAAAGGUAACCCUCUUGCAGUUAACCUCCUUGUAUGGUAGUUGUCAUGUCAUGCAGGUGCUACUGUGUCGAGGAGCAUGUGUUAAUACAGCUGGUAACAGUCAAAGCCAAGCCUUAUGCUUUGCCUUCCUAGCACUCGAGUUUAAGCCACCUAGCCCUCAAAGGAAGAUCGAUUAUGAAAAAUGCUUAUCAAUGCUGCUACAAGCUGGUGCAGAUGCUAGUGUACCGGCACUUAUCAGGUGGCCUCUCCUGCAUCGUGCUUUGGAUGCAGAGUUGAGUUCCAACAUCCUUGUGUCAUUGAUUCAAAAUGGAGCUGACAUAAAUGGAAUUGAUAACCGCAGAAUGACAGUGUUGCACUUUGCUGUAGUAUAUGAUAAAAAUGAGAACAUCGAGUUACUACUGGAACUUGGGGCAGAUGUCAACAAACAAGGUCCUGGAGGAAUGACAGCUUUAUCUUACGCUGCGAACUUUGGUAAGGAUGCAAAAUGUGACCGUCUGAAAAUUCUCUACUUGCAUGGUGGGAAUCCAGAUAUUACCAAUAAUUAUGGUAGGACAGCUUUACACAGUGCAUGUGCAGGUGGUGUGGCUGAACACAUUGAUUAUCUGACAGAUAAAGUCACAGAUAUCAACACUAUGACACAAGAUGGUGACACACCACUUGACCUUGCUCUGAAGAACAUAUGCAAUUUCAAUUUGUACUGCCCAGGUGCAUGCGUCUACAACCAGGAAUAUUCCACACUUGUGGGAAGAUGCUUCAUGAAAUUAUUGAACUAUGGUGCAAAGUUAAACCGCAUGACAAUAGAAACAACCCAAUCAUCCAUCUUCUUUCUUCCAGAGGUUCUAUGCACAAUGAUAAACAGUGUCACAUACAUAGACUUGAGAGGCAGUGACUAUACAUGCCCAGAUGCAACUCCUACUAGAUACAGAAAAUUUUAUGACAUCAUUUUUUCCCUGGGCGGUAUUCCAAGUACACUGAGUCACCUGUGUCGCUGUCAGAUUAGAUCUUAUUUACGAAAUCAGUGCCACCAAAGUAUCAACAAGCUAAAUUUACCAAAGCGUUUGAAAUUGUAUCUACUAUUAGAGCCCUCUUUGAGCUUGGACCUUGAUUAG